AUGCAGUUCUUCUGCUUAGAACUAUUUCCCUUUUUGGUAUUGUUAGGUGUUUCUCUUUCGUUUCUUGUUUGUAUUGGUGAAUCAGUGAUAGAAUUACCAGAAAACGACACAAUUCCAGCAGUUUUUGUAUUUGGGGAUUCCAUAGUUGAUACUGGUAACAACAACAACCUCAAAACAAUAUUCAAAGUCAAUUAUCCUCCGUAUGGCCAAGAUUUUUUGGGAGGAAAGCCAACCGGAAGAUUUUCCAAUGGGAAAGUCCCCUCUGACUUAAUUGCUGAAGAAUUGGGAAUUAAACCUCUUCUGCCCGCAUACCUUGAUCCAUCACUGCAAGCUCAAGAUCUCAUUACAGGUGUAAACUUUGCAUCUGGAGGUAAUGGAUAUGAUCCUCUGACAUCUGAUCUUGCGUCCGUCUUGUCGUUGUCUGAUCAGUUAGAAAUGUUCAAGGAGUAUAUAAUCAAGCUUAAAGGGAUUGUUGGAGAAGAACGCACAUCCCAAAUCUUAAGAAAAAGUCUAGUUACAGUUGUUACCGGCAGCAAUGACGUUACCAAUACAUAUUUUGGUUCGCCUCUGCGAAAAUCCAUUUAUGAUAUUUCCUCGUAUGCCGAUCUAAUGGUCAGUUCUGGUUCCAGAUUUGUUCAGGACUUGUAUGGACUGGGCUUGCGUAGAAUUGGUGUUUUCGGAUUACCACCACUUGGAUGUUUACCAUCACAAAGAACUUUGAAAGGAGGAGUGACAAGAAAAUGUGUCGAUUCUUAUAAUCAAAUGUGUCAGUUAUUCAACAAGAAGUUAUCAAAUGAGCUGACCUUGAUUAAUGGCAUACUCCCUGAAGCAAGGAUGAUUUACCUUGAUAUCUACAAUCUUCCACUCGAUGUCAUCCACAACCCGAAAAAUUAUGGAUUCGGAAUUUCGAAUAUUGGGUGCUGUGGCACAGGAACAAUAGAAGUAGCAUUUCUCUGUAAAUGUACAUGUUCAAAUGUAUCUGAGUAUGUUUUCUGGGACAGUUUUCAUCUCACAGAAAAAGCAUACAGGCUUCUUGUGCAUCAGAUCCUCGAGCAAUAUAUGAAGGAUUUCAUCUGUGAAAAGCCAUUCUGCUGA